AACGACGCAGAAAAGUGCACAUCCGUUCUGAAUCAUGUAGGAUCAGCCUAUCUCACACUUGCUCUGCUCACUAGUGUCGAUGAGCGUAAGAGUUCUGUUCCCGGACUGCUGAAAGUUGAUCUGGACAUCCCGGGCAGCCUUAAACUAUUCAGCAGAGGAUUGGGACAAGAAGGCUACAAAGAGACACGGACUAAAAUAUUAUCGGCACUUCUAUCCACUCCGUUUGUUGAGAAACUUACGCAAUACUUCUCUCAGUGCUAUUUCCACGAUUCACUUGAUGCGGAAGUUUUGCACGGAAUUAUCGACGGAGGAAUCGUAUUCCUGAACGAAGUAUUGAAUCUUUGUCCGAAAGAAAUAUCCAGUAUCGAAGAUUGCUAUGGUGCCCUGCUGAAAGUCGGUGUUUCCAGGAAUAUCCUCACCUCUGUGAUAGCCAACCAACUGCGUGAUCACUUCGACGAAGUAAAGAAAGGAUCUUACCGUGCUGGAAACGGAGCUUGUGACUCGUUUUUCCGUCUCUCGGAUUUUAGAAGAUGCUCCGUGAUUCCGCUUCACGUUGAAUUACUUUCCCGGAGAAAUCCACCGGUGAAGCGGAGUGAAGUUUUCGGACCUUACCGUGAUAGUGAAAAAUACCUCAGCACUCAUUUCUGCCUAGUCCGCGAAGACUAUCAGAGCUACUUUCGUGCAGUCUUGAUCGAAGUUGCGGGAGCUAUUGCUAAAAGGAAGCGGAUUCCGAUACAAUUACCAAAUGCGUACGUUUUCCACAAUUGUUAUGUCGCGUUUGUUUCACUGGAUGAGGAACACGGGCUGGUGUAUGCUCUGAAAAUUCCAUUGUUGAGCCAGCUAUCGUCGAGAUUCGAAUUGAUGAAGCGUGUGCCCUGUGGAUCCCUGUUAGUGUUAACAGCCGAUUGCUUCGCGCGAUCCAUGAUAGCCAGUGUGGUUUCUGUACCAAGCAAAAGUGGAACAUGGGACAUCGUCAUGAUUCGUCCGGAGAGUGAAGUUACCGAUCUUUUUGCUUGGAUCAGUAUGGAGUUCAUUGUCGUUAGUUACUUGGUGGAAUUCAAGCUUCAUCGGGGUGUAAUGGAGUCUUUGCGGUGUAUUCACCUUGAUGCUUAUCCUAUGGCAAAAUUCAUCGUGUUCUCGAUGAAAAGAAGCGUUGAGAUGCCGAUGUAUUUGAGAGAAGCUGCUGUGAAACAUACUGCGGAUGUGCCGUUGAAACAUAUUUGUGGUGAAGACUUGAUCGCGAGUCCUUCGGAGAAUUGGUGGUUUUCUGCUCAGGAAAUUGGACUUGACGAAGGACAGUUUCAGGCUUUGAAAGCUGGCAUCAGCAAAGAAAUCUCCUUGAUUGGAGGACCUCCUGGUACAGGAAAAACGACGGUUGGUCAGAUGAUCGUGCGAACAAUCAUUGAGCGACGUAAGGCAUUUUCCAUCAAGCAAGAAGGCGUUAUUUUGGUUAUAAGUGCUUCGGAUCAGGCAUUGGACAAUUUCCUUAAGGGGCUUUCCACUUCCUCAAGUAAAAUUAUGCGACACGAUGAUCGAAAGACUGGAUCUACGAAAGGGUCUCACAAUUCAGAACGGGACCGAAGUUUUACCGACCUAACAGAAAAUACCAGGAGGAAAUUGAACGAAAGUGUGAAAAACUUGAGGACGCUGUUUGCUGGUGAAGCAGUUCUUCGGGCAUCCGUUCUAGCUGAAGUUUCGGAGCUCGAAAUAGACUUUCAUGCGGGCUUUGAAGUUGCUGAUUGGCUCGGAAUGCUGGAGGAAGUGAAUUCUGAUAGUCUUUUUCUGCUUCGAAAUGCCGUCGGAAUUAAAGAAGCUUCGUUAGAAAUAUCUGAAAAGGAGAUUGAUGGGGAUGAAAUGGAGAUGAGCAGCAAAGUGAGCAACAGUGAAAAAUUGGAGACGUCGCGAAAGGGGAUUAAGAAUGAUCGCUGUUGUACAGCUGUUGAAAGUCAUGCUCCCCCAGAUGACGAAAAGGAAUUCUUUGAAGUCUCCGUAUCAUCGACGGGAAAUCACAUUCUGGCGAAGAACCUCAUCCUGCAUCGACAUUUACUGAGUCCUUGCACGAAAGCAGACUCCACGAAGUCUCAAUCGUUAUUCUCACGAGCCUGUGAAAAGAAAACAUUGCUUCUGGAGCCCGAGUUGAGGUGGACGUUGUAUCGUCACUGGGUCACAAGCUUCGUCUCGCAGCGCCUUGAGGAAACCCAGGCACUCCUCGAGGAAUUUGAGUGUGCCAGAAAACUCCAUAACGAAUUGCAUAACCUGGAAAUUCUGUCUCGAGCUGAGAAAUGCGACGUUUUCGGGAUUACCGUGUGCGAUGCUGUUGAAAAUAUAGAAAUCGUAAGGAACUUGCGUGCUCGAGUUGUUAUCGUCGAUGAAGCAGCCGAAAUUUUGGAAGCAGCCUUGGUGAGCGUCCUGUCUCGUCAUUGUGAGCAUUUGGUUCUCCUAGGAGAUACGCAACAAAGUAUGCCGAAGACAAUCAAUCCCGAUUUAGCGAAAGAGAGCAAAUUGGACGUUUCAUUGUUCCACCGAUUGCUAUGGAACGGAUUUCCAUGUCUCUAUCUCAGUGUGCAGCAUCGAUUACGUCCCGAUCUUUUAAGAUUAAUGCAGCCCUUACUUGGAUCAACUUUGACAUCAGUGGUGGGAAAACAUUUUGAGGACGUGAGAGGGAUACGGAAGAAUGUUUUCUUUGUAUCGGUUUCCCGCUCGAAGAAUUCCCGCAACCGGUUAGAAAGCAGUUUCGAGCAGGAAUUCAUCUUGGCGUUGUGCCAGCAUUUGCUCUACCACGGAUACUCGCAAGAUCAAAUUACAAUUCUCGUCUCAUCUGAAUGCCAAGUUCUUCCCAUCAUUCAACUGAUGAAGCGGUUCUCCGCUUGCGUUGGUGUUCGGAUCUGCCCAUUGGAAUCUUACCGUGGACUGGAAAAUGACAUCAUCCUCCUUUCAUUGGAUCGUUGCGACAAUGAUCCUGUUGCUGGUGCGGAAAUGAAAGCUAAGAGUGUCCUCUCGUUUUGCUUGUCGAGAGCUAGAUUGGGCCUGUAUAUGAUCGGCGACAUGAGACACCUGAGCUUUCACAGCAAGGCCUGGAAACGAGUGCAGGACGUGUUGAAAUUCCACGGGGAAUUAGGGCCUGGGUUGCCGGUACUUUGUCAUAUGAACCCCGACCAUAAGAUCACCGUUCAUUCCGCUUCCGAUUUUCCGGGGAAGAAUGGAUGCAAGAAGAAUUGUGGGAUGAUUCUUUGCUGCGGUCAAAAGUGCACUCGGUUGUGCAACAAUCAUGAAGACGUGGUACAUUGCGAAGUGUGUGGCCGGGAUUCGGAAAGCGUUUUUUCUCAUCGACCUGCUGAAGUUAUAGGUUCAGUUCCCAACAUGGAUGCGGUAGAAACCCAAGUUGUUUUGCAGACUCCAGUGCUGGAGCCGUUGAAGAAAACUGACGCUGCUGGCGCCAGUUUGCACAAGUGUGAGGAAAGCGGCCGCCUGAUGGGUCAAGACGAUUUCAAAUGCGAUGCUAUGGUUGAACAUCCAUGUGGGCACGCACUGUACUUUCCGUGCUACGUGCUGCCCUCUGUUGCAGACUUGAGCGGCGAACUGUUGAUGGACCUUUGUGACGAGCCCUGUAAUGCUGUGCUACCCUGCGGGCAUGAAUGUACCGGGAAUUGCAGGAAAUGUUGGCGUGGUCGAAUACACGAGCCGUGUUCCGAGCCUUGUGUCCGGGUUUUAGUUUGUGGACACGAAUGCCGUGCUUUGUGUUGCGAAUUGUGUCCACCGUGUGAGCAAGACUGCAGUAAUUUAUGCGAGCAUUCUAGGUGUGCCAAAAAGUGCGGGGAACCUUGUGACCCUUGCGAGGAAAUGUCUGCUGCGACGUGCUCUGAUUGCCCGAAGAAUUCUUGCGAGUUGUUUCUUGAUUGCUCGAAAAAUUGCGAAAGUGUGCUGCUCUGUGGACACAAAUGUAUUGGAAUUUGUGGUGAGCUUUGCCCUCCGUGUUGGUUCUGCAAUAAUGAACUUUUCUGCAAGUACGGAAACGUGGAAGAGUUUGGCACUCCGAAAACGAGGUUGAUUGGGAUACCGGAAUGCGGCCACGUUGUGAGUGAGGAAGAUUUCAAUGAGAUUCUAAAGGAGGGAUCACAAAUUGUUCAUCCAGCGAAGUGUCCCGAACCGUGGUGUCAAAAUCCGCUUUUUCGGGUGAGGAAAUAUCGAAGGACUGCAUCGAAAUUCUUUGACGAAUUGGCUCGUAUCAGGCUGUGCGUUACGGGUAAAUCAAACGUAGAAAACGAACUGGAGGAAAUCGUUAACUUCUUGACAGAAUCGUCGAUUGAUGACGAAACGUGUGGAAGCCUGAUAAUCAACGAGCUUGGUCUGGAGAAAAGAAUGUCGGCCUUUCUUUGUGAGCUUGGUCUUACUUUUUGUGAGCCAUUCUUCCGACGUGGAGUUGCAGUUGAGCAUGUCGAACAGGCCACUAUUUUUAAUGCAAUACGUGCUCGAGAUGCGCUGAAUCGAUUGAAACUGAUUCACGACUUGGCUCUGCUGCAUCGGACUGGCUGUGAUGCUGCUGGUCUAACUUUUGCGAGAGAUUCUCGACUCAUUUCUGAGAUUUUGCAGAAUUAUCCUGAUGUCGCGGAAAUGGUCGAAUGCAUCGAGGCGAAAACAAUUCUUGAAGAAACGUCAAUGUUCUCGCUGGAUGAAGAAGAUUCUGUGAAACAAUUGAUUCAAAAAGCUAUUCAAGAAAGAAAUAUUUCUUCGACUAUGUUGCCCGGUUCUCGGACGCCCUUAGUUAUCAUUAGUGUAAACCAGGGCGAUUGGAUUCGAUGUCCUGUCGGUCAUAUUUUCUGUGUGACAGCGAUUGCUAAUUGGAAUGCGACGAGUGCUGGAAUAACCAACGGCGAUGAGACCGUGUCUGUAGCAGAAAAAACGGAUGGUGAGAAAUGGGAAGAGAUUCUUGCGAAAUCUCUGAGAGGUUUCAUGGAAGACAUGGUGGCAGUGAAGAAAUCAGUCGAGUUGUUGAGACGUCGAUUGGAUAAAAUUGAAGAAGCCAGGAUGUCCAGAGUCUGCUGUUGUGAGGGGAAACCACCAUUGAAAACCAGAAGCUACAGUGCAUCAUCAUCGCCAUCAUCAUCAGUGAAGCAUCAAGGCUUAACUUACUGCAGAGAAUCCAUGCUCGCAAUCAGAGAAAGCCGUUUUUGCACAUCAUUCCCGAGCUUUUUGGAAGAAUUGCAGGGGUCGAAUUCGUUCCCGUUGAAGGGUUCGUUUUUGAAACUACAGCUGAAUGCGCCUGUGGUUGUGCAUCAUGACUUCACGCCGCAUUUUAUUAAAGACUCCGACGUUCUGCUGAUGAGAGGGAAAAAAGGCAGCAACAACAGAAGGGUGCGGAUGCCACUUACGGAGUUUGACAAAGUUUCGACUGAAACACUGAUCGAAGAGGCUGUGGAGAAAGCUUUACUCCGUGCUUUGUCGCAUACAUGUCAGAAAAUCGAGCAAUCAAUCGCAGGGAUCAUUGACAGGAAGAUCAAAGAAAUUGUCAUUCCGAGAGUCGCGAAAAUUGAAGAACUGCUGGACUCGGUAGGGAAAUAUUUCCAUCGCAGAGAAGAGCGACAUGAAAGAAGAACUAAGAGCGAGAGCAGCUUCAAUGAUUCUCGAAGGGACGCAGAAAACUGUCGUAUUUCCAAUGACUAUCAGCAAUUCCCCACCAUGACGACCGCAACUUCCUCAACCACCAAGGUUAAACGCAACAAAUUGACUCGGAAAUCGAAGAAACCCAUACAGCCCUGUGACAUCAGCACCCCCUUCAACUUCCAACAAGUUUGGAAAAUCGAAAGCGACGAUCUCAAGCCGCGAUCGCAGCGAAAUUUGCCGAAUUGCGAUCCGAAAUCCGCCGAAGAUGAAAUUCAAGAUCCGACGAAUGAAGCUUUGCAGUCCGACUUUUCAGGGCCACGUGCUGCUGUUGGAAACCCUGUUGAGGACUCUGAUUCGAGUGAUUUGAGUGAUAAAUUGAAUUCAGGAGAUGCAACACAAGGCAGUACUACAAUGGACGGCGAUUGCCGCAUUGUGGAUUACUUCAUCGUAGCUGGUUUACCUUCAACUAAAGACCCGAAGCCGCUGGGUGAAGUAGACGUCCACGACGAAGGAGUUCCAAAAUCUUGUCCAUCGUUUGCUGAACCGAUCACGGACAUUCAAGUAAUAAACCGGACGGAGAAUGAAGAUACACCUCCCGGGUUUUACUGCAUUGAGAAAACUCCCCAAGGUUGGCGAAUUUGUUUCUCUGCAAACUUGAAUCACGGAAGCUUCAGAAGUCCUGAACUGUAUCUGUGCUACAGAAGAGGACGUGAUCGGCCUCCUUUGCUUGAUAUAUGGGUGCUGUUCGAGGGAAAAGAUGAUUUGAUGCCCGACUCGCAGGUCCUUGAGCGGACACCAAACGGGCACAUGGCUAACGUAAACAAUGCCAGCGUGAAAACAUUCAUGUCUUAUCGUCGUGCCAAAGAAGAAGCCCCUUGCAAUGAGCUUGUAGUGACCGAUAUUUGUGUCAUUUUGCCCAAAAUGGGGGAACGACCGCCGCAUUGCUUCUACAGAAUUGAUCGGAAUUUGAACCGAGGAAUGAUAGGUUCAGAUGUUUACGUUUGUUAUAAGAAGUCCAUGAACCGUCCAAACUUGGUCAUCUACGAACCCGAAAUAAUAUGGAGGUAUCCGGUAGAAGACUACGACGAUUGCCCACUACCACCGAGUAUUGCGACUUUUGGCUUGCCGUUAGGUGCUACUUUGGAAUGGUGGCCUCCAAAGGCCAGGGCGCCGAAGCCCGUCUUUUCCACAUUUGUGCUUUCAUUAACGAAUGCACACAGUGAGGGAUCUGUGAAAUCGUGGUACGGAGCCGCAGUGGCAUUCUAUGAAGAACAUCCUGCCGAGAAAGUGACGCACGAGCAAAGAAAACUGUUGUCCUAUCCGGAACAGAGUGACCCGUUACAGUUGAGGGUGUUCGCGAAAAAGUGCAUUUGUUUCCUUUCUCAUUGGCCGUUUUUUGACGCCUAUCAAAAGUUCCUCAUGUUCCUACACCGUUUCGCCUUUUCGGGAGAGGCUCAUCCAAUUCCGAUCGAAAGGCACUUGAGUCACUUCAUGCAUUUUGUGCCAUUCCCGUCCCUCCAACGGCCGUUUGUUUUUGCGCAAUUGUCGGCUACAGAACGUUUGUCGCUUUAUCUACCACCGGAUUCCCCGUUGAGACAAAGUGGAGCAAAGUUUCGCGACUUGUUGGAUUGUCUGGACGCGGAGCGCAUUGUGCAAGUGCUGGUGAUGACUUUGCUUGAGCAGAAAAUUCUGCUUCAUUCCUUGCGUCCAAAUGUGUUAACCUCUGUUGCCGAAGCGCUUUCUAUGGUGAUAUUUCCCUUCCAGUGGCAGUGCCCAUACAUUCCAUUAUGUCCCCUGGGCCUGGCCAAUGUUUUAUCCGCCCCGAUGCCGUUUCUUGUUGGAGUUGACUCUAGAUACUUCGACCUGUAUGACCCACCGGAUGGCGUAAUUUGCGUAGACCUUGACACGGAUUCUUUGCGAAUUCCUCCGGAUAAGGAGUGGAUGUCUGCCAAAGCUCUACCCAAAAAAUGCGUCAAGAUGCUCAUUUCUUUGCUGAAGCAGCUGACGUACAGGGUUCGCGUGAUACAGAGAGAAGAACGGUGUCAGCAGAAUGUUCAUGAUAAAAAUCCUGCUGGGUUUUCCGAUGCUGAUUCUGAUAUGAAAUGGAAGCAGAAGGAGAUGACCCUGGAAAUGGAUAUUCAAGAAGCAUUCCUUUAUUUCAUGGCUGGGAUCUUGAAAGGCUAUCAGCACUAUUUGACCCCGGUGUCUUCCGAACCUAAAAUGUGGGCAUCUGAUCCAGCUGAUUUAUUUGAAUCCCCCGCCUUUCUAAGAUCCAGGGACAAGGCAUAUCACGCGUUUUAUAGCAUUUUAGUGGAAACACAAUUGUUCACGCAUUUCAUUCAAGAACGGAGCUUCACUUCAUCCAAAGACGCAUCCCUCGCCUUUUUUGAUGUGAUUAUGGACAAGUUGGGGCAGGAGGAAGAUGCUCCUGUCAAGUUGUUGGAGAGAGAUUCUCCCCAAAAUCAAAUGGCUGCCAUGAUUUUACCUCUCGAGAGGGAAGAUCUUCCCGAAGGAAUCAGCUACACCUACAAUGGCAUUGACAAGUUGAAUUUGUGCUUGAUGAAGAGACCAAAAAUUACUUCCCACUUGCAUAAUUUCAAAGACAAUGCUGUAGAUGGCCUGGUGAACUAUUUGCCGGGUGCCUCUCCGAUGAUUGCCCGAAGAAUCAAACAUGAAAUCAGAUUAGCCCAGAAAAUUGUGAAGAAGCAUGCGGACGGUGAUUCAACCUGGGCCAAAGCAUUGCUUUCGUGUUCCAUAAGUAUCUGGUUUGCCCACCUGCCCUCUUAUAUCAUAUGGUACAAAGGCGACAAACUCGAUGUCUUGGAGAAGGCGUACGAAAAGCUUGUGUUCGUGCAAAAAACGAAGUUAAAGUGGAUUGACGAAGUGUGGUUCAGAGUGAUGAUGCAGUUGUGCAAUCAGUACAAAGAAGGCAGAAUGGCGGUGAAAGUCUUCUCACUGAUGAAAGAGUUGCGAGUUGGGGUGAAUGCGCUCACGUAUGGCCUCUACAAUCGGGCCAUGUUGGACGCCCGAUGGAACACGAGUAUGUCCGACCGGGCGUCUGCACGUGCGUGGAGGAAACUGAGAAACAUUGUUUGGGCAAUCGCGUACAUGAAAACGGCCGCGCACGCCAAGGCAGAAAGGAAAUCCUCCUUAUCUUCAGAAGGAAAUGAUGGCGGAACUUCCUGCGAGUCCCCGCACAGAAGCAACAGUAGCGUUGAGGCCGUAUGUUCAAGCAAAGGUGCUGAUGACCUGCACACCACUCCUGUCAAAGGAAAGAAAACAUUCUUAUUUCGCAGCCAACGUCACAACAGCGCAUCGGAAAAAAGCAAUCAAACUAAGACUGGUCACAAGUCGAAAUUCAGCAGAAUGCUCAAUGCCGAUGACGAGGACAAGGAAGAACCCGACCCAGAAGACGACCCCGUGUUACUGGAACUCGAACACAAGGAUUGCCCUAUUUACGAGGACGAAAAAAUUGUUGAAGAUGUCGUCGUGUUACCAGACAAAACGCGCGCCGACUCUUUAUCCAGCGUGGAAGAGUUCAAAGCCCAGGCUGCCAUGACGGGUCAGAUGAUGAUGACCUGGGGAGCCAAGUUGAUCCAAGGCAGCUCGGAUCUCGUUGAGAAGACGAAGAAGCGGUUGGGUCAGCCUGGGUCACUGUCUUCGAGCAGCAGUGUCGACGAUCCCGACGUUUCCUCUAGAGCUGACAGCAAGAAUCUGGAGUUGAAGAACGAAGAAACCUCGUCCGUUUCACCGACUAUUGAAAAACACGAGGUGUUUGAAAAGGACGGCGGUGCUUCUCUGGUGACGAUAGAAAAGGAAGAAGAAGAAGACAAAGAAGUUGUUUCUGCACAUGAGGCAGAAGAAAAGCUAGAUGGAACGCUGCAGUCGUCGACACACUUGACGCCACCCGACGCUAAGAAGCGAAGUGUGUCGCCUAUGGCCCGAUCUCCGACGCGAACGCCAGUGACAGAAAAUGAUCCCCUGGGUGCCUUGAGAACCCCCGAAACCCUGACUACCCCUACAGCAGCGACGCCCUUGACGGCGUCUUCAUCGCACAAUUCAUUACCCGCCAACGUGUUUCUGUCGCCGGAAUUGCGACCGUCGGCUCGCCAACGAGUGACGCUGGCGAGUUCGGAUAAACUGGCGUUGUCGCUGUCGUCACUGUCGACCCAGUUGCGGAAAAGCGUGCGUUUGGGGAAGACGUUGGGGAUGGCCAAGUCACCGGCAGGAGCGGCGCCGUCGACAGUGGCUAGACAACUUUUGAGUCCGCAGGCGGACUUGCAUCGGUGUAACACGCAUUUGGGACUCGUGGAUUCAGGAGCUGGGAACAGUAACGCCGGUGUCAAGGCUGGGUUGACUCGUGGGGAAGGCAUUGCUGGUAGAGCCUGGAGUGGAACUCCUUUGGGAAAGAACGGGGAUUUCAAAGGGUCAUCGUCGGAAUUGUUUUCUGGGAUGUCUUCGUCAUUGCGAACGGCGGCCUCAUCCAUAUCGAAGCGCCUUGACUCGUUCAUGGACGCCGUCAAUUUCUCUCCACCGCCGUCCUCACUGAGUUCCUUUCGACAUAGUGGCGUCUAUGCGUCUUCGCAAGAGGACGGAGAUUUGUCGGAGAGCGAGCGCAUGCGGGGUUCUCAGGACUCGUUGCAACGAGGGACGCCGAAGCGGGACUCGGAUUCCCAGUCGCAGACGAGUUUGAACUUGAACGGAAGCAGCACCAAGGCGUCGUCGCCAGGCGUGGAUCCGUUUAUGAAGUCGUCUCCGUUUGCUGGGAUGCUUGCUCGCCACUUGGCGACUGGGCCAGUUGCUUUGGCGAUCCGGAUGUAUUCCUGCGGAACGUGUCAUGGCUGCAAGGCCAUGAUGUAUGACGAGGAGAUCAUGUCCGGAUGGUCCCCGGAAGACUCGAAUUUGAAUACGAGGUUCGUCUUUUUGUGCUCCCACUGCGGACAUAGUGAAGUUCCGCAGUUGACCGUGAUGAUUCGGGAUUUCCGAACUCGUGCCUUGCCAGAAGACUCUGAGAGUGUUCCAAAUACGGAGGAAGAAAAGUACGAAGGAUUGGCUGUGGACCCUGUAGUUGUGCCUUACUUGUCACCGCUGGUCCUAAGGAAACAGCUGGAGUUUGUGUUGGAAAGUGAAGGAGAUUCUUGUCUACUUGAACCUGCGUUUGUGGAUCAGCAUAGCAUCAUUUAUUGGAAUAUGGUUUGGUACUUUUUGCGGAUUCACGCGCCGUCGCACUUGCCGGGUUUGGCGUUGGGCGCCACUGUGAUUAGGCCCGUGUCCAAGCAAUUCUCUUUGCAUCCGUCGUGGGAGAAGGCGACUGCGAGCAAUGUGGAAGUCAAGUGUUAUUGGGACGAGCCAGGGUUGCAUGGAGUGGAGUCGAGUCCUGAGGACGUCGACAAGUUGUGGAUGAUGCCUUUGUAUCUCAGCUGGCGUAGCACGAGGUCAUCUCCGGCCCAGGUUCUGACUGCUCCGGAUGAUGUCACUCAUGUCGCCGUUUACAAUUUAUCCAAGCAAGUCCUGGCUGGUAUCAUGUCAGAGAACAAGUUGCUGCACCCGGUGGAACUCAUCCUGACCGAGCUGAGGUCCAAGUGGGAUGUGGAAAAAUACGGUCCGCCGAAUUCGGUCUACAGGGAAAUUCUCUUCUUAGCAUUUGUUCACUGCGGAUUCCAAGUCAUCGAUAUUUGGCCAUUUGACAGAGAGUACCGACGUGCCUACGAGUCCCUGCGCCAGCCUAUCAGUGCGAAGUUGACAAAAUUGGAUGCCCCACCGUCCUACAAGACCAUGUUGUGUCAGAGGUCUUUUGCCCAGCUGCUCUUGCCGUCUGGAAUCCAGUAAACACUGUAAUUUGUAAACCACCGACAAGUGACACUCGCAUACGGCAUAUGUGUUCUUGCUCUUGUGGUUGUUUGUUUUUUUUUCUUGCUUUGUUUUCUGGUGAAGGACAUGCUUCUCUUCCUUUUUAAUGAGCAACGCCAUUUAAAAAGAAAAGAAAGACUUGACAGACUUCGAUGAAUAAGUUUGGAUUUUCGUCUCGAGCUCGUGUUGAUCAGUUGCAAAGUUUCUUUUUUUUAUUUGCAUAACUUUUGAGUAUCCGUUGAAAUUGACACAUUCCCGCAAACGUUCGGAGGAUUUUUGGCGUCGAUCGAUUGUUGAAAGUUUGAAAUUGUGGCCCACGGGAUUUGUUGGAUAAGGAAUUCUGCGAACUGCUUGUUUGCUGCACCCAGAGCUUUGAAAGAAAGAAAUGUUCCCUUUUGGGGAAACGAAGGAACCAUGGAAUGAUCUAUUCAAGCUUAUCCAGGGUUUUUGAAAUUGAAAAGGACUUUCGCCACCAUUGUGCUUCGAUUUAGGUGGGAACAAAGAUGCCUAGUCAAGAGGUUUGAGGACUGCGUUUGUGAAGACUUCGUCUGUGAUGGACUGUUGGAAGCAAUUGACUCGAAUGCUGCUUCUUGUUUUCCCUUCGAUGUUUCAAGAUUAAAUUAUGAUUAAAAUAUUGAAUUCCAUCCCAUUCAAAAACAAGUGUUGGAGCGUCUGAACAACAAGGGUUUAUUCUUUUUCUGGCUUUUUAAUCGGUUAUACAGUAUUGUUAAUGGCCAACCGGUUUUGAUGUCAGGGAAAAUUUCCAGUUCAGGAUGAAGUUUAUUUUUAGACGUUUUUGAUUAAUCAGAAACGUGCUUUUUGAGUUUUUCGUCGUUUCGUGAAAUGGUAUCACUUUUCCCUUUGAUGAGCAAAGCAAAAGUUGUUUGAAGAAAUGAUUUUUAGAUGUACUGUAUUAGGCGAUUAUUUCCGAAUGAAAAAGAAAAAAACAAGCUUUUCAUUUCGUUGUUUACGGAUCCAGAACAACGUGUGAAAAAUCAUCACAUUUAAAUUAGGUGGGCCACUUAGUUUCUUCUAGGAAAAGAAUAAAAUUUGCGCGUGGUUAGCCUGAAUAAUUUGAGUUCGAUUACGUUACUUAUCGGGAAAAGUAAUUUUCGCUUUAAUGGACCAAUGGUAAAAUGAUUCACCAUGGGUAUGAUGACAUUUUGGUGAGAUGGGGUUUGUUAUUCCCAUUUAAAACAAAAACGAAGCCCAGGUGUAAUCACGCAUUUGAAUCCAAGAAGUACCCAUACAUUUGCAUUAUAAGUUGUCUUUUCUAAUUAUGUAUGCUCUACUUACUCAAGAACCACAUGCCCUUGAAUAAGAUACGCACGGUAAUUUUGCAGAGUGGGUUUUAGGGGAAAUGUAGCCCUGCAUGAAGCACGCAUCCAUGUUCUUGUUUGUCAAUAAAUUCGAUAUCGAAAUCCACAAUAGUUGUAAUCUUAAAUUUUGGAAUUGAAUGGAAGUUGAAAGCAUAAAACAGAGUAAGCAAUUAAAUAUCCGUGUUAGGCUCAACAAUGAUUAUACAGUACAUCGCAUUUUGUCGUUAUUUUCAGCUGAUCCUGCAAUUCGAGCAUUGUGCACCCAAAAAUUACAAAAUUUUUGAUCCCGGGAUAAGAUAUGCACCCCAAUUUUUGGAAAGAUCUCCAGAAGAACAGUACGUGUGGUACUUGAGUAAGCAUGGUACUGUGAUUCAGAUUUUAGAAAAUAUUACAAUAACAUACCUUGUUGACAUAGUACAUUAGUGCGUGGAAGUACUGAAGGAGAUGCCUGGGCGUAUCAAAUCACUUGAGUCAACAGGUUUCACGUGAUAGCAUCUAGAAAAUGUUACCUUGCCAAUUAGACCAAUUCCUUGCCAUCAAAUCGUGUUGUUCAGGGGCUCCUCGAAAAAGUUUUUCAUUCGCAGGUCGUUAUACUGCACCACUGCACAGGUUUUUCUCUUAUUUGUGUAUCCACAACUUUCUAGGUUUUCUGUCUUUGUAUUGCAGUCAGUGUUGGUGUCCAUCUUUUUUUCGGCUUAGGGGAGAGUGGUCAAGAAUUUCGAUUACCGACUCCGUCUGUGUUGGUAUAAUCAAAACGUGAGGAAAAUAUAGAGGAGCAUGCCAGCUUCACUGAGAUGACAAGAA